GGAAUCUUCAGCAAAGCUCUACAUUAAUCAUACUCCUCCACCACUGUCCAAGAGUAAGGAGAGAGAAAUGGACAAGAAAGAUUUGGACAAGUCAAGGGAAAGAUCCAGAGAAAGAGAGAAAAAAGAUGAAAAGGACAGGAAAGAGCGGAAAAGGGAUCACUCAAACAAUGACCGUGAAGUGCCACCGGACAUAACAAAGAGGCGGAAAGAGGAAAAUGGAACAAUGGGGGUUUCAAAACACAAAAGUGAGAGUCCAUGUGAAUCUCAAUAUCCAAAUGAGAAAGACAAAGAAAAAAAUAAGUCAAAAUCUUCAGGCAAAGAAAAAGGCAGUAGUGAUUCGUUUAAAUCUGAGAAGAUGGAUAAAAUCUCCUCUGGUGGCAAAAAGGAAUCCAGGCAUGAUAAAGAAAAGAUAGAAAAGAAAGAGAAACGGGAUAGUUCAGGAGGAAAGGAAGAGAAGAAACAGUCCUCUGACAAGCACAGAUAAUGAACACUUUCAACCAAGGGUGUGGACAGACCCCUAAGCUGAACGUCUCCCCGAGGAGGAUGCCAAAGCUCCAUGAGUCACUCUCAGAAUAAUAUCUCCCAUACUUAAGAGCUUCUGGUGCUGUCCAUUUUAUGGGAAUCUGCUUUAAGUCAGAAGAUGCAUACACACCACCAUCCUUUUGACGAGACAUUCCAAAGUCACUGAUUUUCAGAACAUUAUUUUCACCUGCAGGCAAUUUCUUGGAGCAAGGUCCCUGUGCAUACAAUUUUUACUUGAGAUAUGCCAUCCAGAAGCAGCAUCUAAUGAAAAAUUCACUAACUGACUUUUAGUUCACCCUUCUUUCUCAGAAAGGAGAGGAAAUUGCCUCCUGGAACCAAUUCCUUAAUGAUGUAGAUAGGUUGCCUUUGUGUGUGAACUCUAUAAGUGUGAAAACAUUGGGAUGAUUAUGUUGUUUGGAGGGUUUUGGCUUCUUGUAAAAAAUUUAAUUCCAGUUCCUGGGAAAGAUCUUUAUAUGCUUUAACAGCAACAACAUUUUUAUCCUUUAAUGUACCGUUAAAUAUAUCAUCAAAAGUUUUCAUGUCCUUAAGGAAUUCUCCUGUGACAUCAUCAGACUGAGACCCCAUUUCAUGUGGAUACCAUGACGUUCUUUUUUUUUUUUUUUGGAACAUUACAUAGACAUCAUCAUGACCAAGGACCAUCAUGUGAAUAUUAUGAUGUUUUUUUAUUGGGACAUUAUUCAUUUUCAAUCUAAAAAAACGGAGAUGCAGUCACCGUUUGAAAGUGGACGAUUCAGUGGUCUUUAGUAUAUUUAUUGUGUGGUACAGUCAUCACCAUAGUCUAAUCUCAACAUUUCUCUGACCUGCAAAAGAAGCCCCAUGCAGGUCAGCAGUCACUUUUAACUCUCCUUUUACUCUAGCCACUGUAAGCUACUGACACAUUUUCUGUCUAUGAAUUUGCCUGGUUUGGGACAUUUCAUUUAAAUGGAAUCGUGCAAUAUCAUGUCCUUUGGGGCCAGGGUUCUUUCAUCUACGCAUCAUGUUAUCAAGACAUAUCCCAUGGUGUAGCAUGUGUCAAUAAUCCAUUCCUUUUUAUGGCUAAAUGUUCCAUAGAGUGAAUGUGUAUCAUGUUUUGUUUACCCAUUUAUCAAUUGAUGAACAGGAACAGUUAUUUUUUUAAGUAUUAAAAUCGUAAGUUCAACAUCAUUGUAUCUAAAAUUAUAAUGGAUGGUGUCAAGAUUAUACAUGGUAUGCACAGAAUGCUGUGUAGAAAUGAUGUAUAAAUUAUUUGUCAGCAUUUCAUGCAAGUGUGAUUAUUUUCUAAGGCCCCUUCUAGCUAUGAUUUUAGAAACUGUGUGAAUGUAGUUUCAUUAAUAAAGUUUAAUGCAUUAAGCAUUAAUUUAAAGUUUGAGAACAAUGUUAGGCAGAUAUGAAAUUAUUUGCCACAUGCUGUAAUGAUGAUGUUUUGAAUUUAUUUCAUUAUGCAGUAUUUGAAAAAUGUCUACAUAAAGGAAAGGAAAUGAGUAUAAUUGAGUCAAUAUAUUUUUAAAGCAAUUUUUAUAAUUUAGCAGACAUUGCAUCUUAAUAUAAUUCACUAUUAAAAUUGUGUCCUUGUGAAAAAAAUUGACGUCAUUUUUCUAUUUCUUUUGACUUAUCAUGUAAAAUAGGUUCCUUUCCUUUGCUCCAUGUUGUGUUUAUUUUUCAUACUUUAUUCCUUGCGCCUGUAGUGUUGUACCUGUUACUCUUUAAUCUUUUUCUCUCUAUCCCACAGAUCUUCCACUCUCUCACACACAGAAAAUGUACAGUGUUUCUUAAAAUUCAUAGUGUCUUAAUGAUUUCUAAGAAUGGACAAAGACACAGAACUAUUUCAUCAUUUUUGGGGAACUUCAUCCCGGCCUUUGGUAUUGACAGAAUUCUGAGGUUUUUUCCUGAAUGUUUUUUCCUUCUUUUGCCUUUAUCACUUUUUAGCCCUCCCACUCUGUCCUUUUCUUUCCCUGCUAUGGCCUUCCUUGUCACUUUCUUCCUUAGCCUCUUCUUGUUUAUCAACACAACUAAUUUGUUUCUUUCAGGUCGAAAGAAUGAAAUGAACUCAUACAACUGUGACCAGAAUUUUAUUUUCCUGAGUAGAUUUCUGAGAAUUGUGAAUGAAGUGGGUCCAUUUUCAGUUAUCUGCUUUAUUGCUCCAUGCAGAAAACCUAAAAUUGUUGUGUUGUAUGUUAUUGUACUUUAACUUGUUGCUUAGUUUCUACAUGUUUAUUUUCAGUACUGGCUGAAAGUGUUAAUUAUUCCAUAUUUUAGCACAAUGUGCUGCAUAUACUUCCCAAUAAGCAAAUAAGUGUGUACAGAAUUUCACUUUUGAUUUAAUAUUGCCUGGGUUUCGGUCCCUCCUCCCCAUUUGAAAUGCUUCCUUUUUAAUGUUUGAAACUGAAAAUAAACAGUUAUUGAAUGAUUUUGAAUUUACCUCAUUUUAGAACUCAGUUUUAAUUUAUUUGGCCUUUUUUAAUAUUAGUCACUAAAAAUAAAGUGGAGCACUGUCUUAUGCAACGCCUAAGAAUCAUUUUAUAUAGUAUGUGUACAACAUUAAAACCUGUUCUACAAAGAAAAAUAUACCAGCGCUCACUGUUCCUUGCCAUUUUUUCUUGUAAUUAGGAAAUAUCGGGGGGGGGGGGGAGAAGGGAAUUAAAAAAUUAAUUGUGUUUUAAUUUUACAGCUACCGGAGCUUUGUAUUGCUAAACUUACAUCUGGAAAAGUUUCACAGUGAAGUUUUUAAGAGAAUUUUUUAUCUGCUGAAUUCUACCAGUGUAACCAUUUUUCUAAAUAAACAAUAGUUUUCUCAAAUGACUAUAUCAUUGUGUAUAUUGUUACUUAUUUAGCAUAACUUAGAAAAGUUAAUAAUCUUUCAGCCCUUAAUUUUUUCAUGGGCUACAUUGUCAAAUAUCAUUAUAUUAUUUCUGUACUUGGAGCAAGCCCUUGGAUGAAAACAUGCCUAAUACUAUCCAUUUCUCAAUGUUUCGAUGAUUAUAUCUAGACAAAUAAAAAUUUUCAGAGUUGAAAAAGAAUAUACCUUUUAAAAAGAGGGUUAAGAAAUGAUGAGCCUCUUAGUAUUGGCAAAAGAAUAUAC